CCUAAGCAAUUUCACAACGGCUAAAAUUCCCCUUCUUCCUCAUGCGUUUUAAAUUGCAACUCUCAAACAAACAAACCUUUCCAAUUGUCUGAAAGUUAAUUAAUUCAUGUGAGGAUGAAAUGGGUGUUGGUGGAAACUUCUGGGAUUUGCUGAAACCUUACGCUCGAGCAGAAAACUUUGAUUUCUUGAGAAACAAACGUGUUGCUGUUGACUUGUCUUAUUGGAUCGUUCAACAAGAAACUGCACUUAAGGGAAACAUUCGAAAUCCACAUAUCAGACUCACUUUUUUUCGUACCAUUAAUCUCUUCUCUAAGUUUGGGGCAUUUCCUGUUUUUGUCACGGAUGGUACUGCAUCACCGCUUAAGUCUCAGGCAAGGAUUGCACGAUUUUUCCGGGCAUCAGGAAUUGAUUUAUCGAGUUUGCCAGCGGCUGACGAGGGCAUUUCAAUUGAAAGGAACAAGGCAUUUCAGAAAUGCGAAAAAGAAUGUGUUGAGUUGCUUGAACUUCUUGGAGUCCCAGUUUUAAAAGCAGAAGGAGAGGCUGAAGCACUCUGUGCACAGUUGAAUAGAGAAGGACUAGUUGAUGCCUGUAUUACUUCUGACAGUGAUGCACUUCUCUUCGGAGCCAAUUGUGUUAUCAAAAAUAUGCAACCCAACUCCAAUGAACCAUUUGAGUGCUAUCACAUGUCAGAUAUUGAGUCUGGUCUUGGGCUGAGGAGGAAUCAGUUGAUAGCAAUUUCGCUUUUGGUGGGAAAUGACCACAACUUAACUGGUGUACCUGGGAUAGGGCUUGAAACAGCAUAUCGUUUUGUCAAAUCUGUUAGUGAUGAUGAAAUCUUGUAUAGGUUGCGGAAAAUAGGUGGAGGUGAUCCACAGGUGUUUCAGCGUGAUGUCAACUUAGAGAGUAGUUCUGUACCCAGUUCAGAUGAGAGCCCUCGGAAGACCAAAGCGCGACAUUGUUCGUUCUGUGGCCAUCCAGGGAGCAAGAAAGCUCACCUCAAGUUUGCUUGUCAGUAUUGCAGUUCCACUGCCAAUGAGGGUUGCAUACAGAAACCGUUAGGCUUCAAGUGUAAUUGCUCCUCAUGUGAUUUGGAUAAUAAAGAAAAAGAGCAGAAAAGAAAUGAGAAUUGGAAGAUUAAAGUUUGCAAAAUGAUAGCCUCGGAGCAGAACUUCCCAAACAAUGAGAUCACAGAAAUGUACUUGAACAAGCAACAGCAAUAUGAUGGUGAUUAUCAUUUAUCAUGGGGAAGUCCAAAGAUGGAUAUGCUAGUUGAUUAUCUGGCUUAUUAUCAGCACUGGGAGCCAUCUUAUAUACGACAAAGAAUGCUUCCCAUGUUAUCCACCAUAUUUCUAAGAGACGUGGCCUCAAAUUCAAAAGAUCAAUUGUUAUGCGGACAAUAUGAGUUUGAUUCCAUUCAGCGGGUGAAGACAAGAUUCGGACAUCAACUUUAUGUAAUCAAUUGGAAGAAACCAACACGUGAAACGAGCAGUGAAAUCUGCAUACCUUCUGAAGACCAUGAUACUGAGCAGGAGCUGGGAAUAGCUGAUGAGUCUACAGAUUUGCUCGAUGAACCUGAGGCUCUGCAGAUUCAUAUCAAGGACGGGUGCAGCUUUUUGUCAACUGAAGAAGAUAUGGUGCUUGUACAGAAUGCUUUUCCAGAAAAGGUGUCCCAGUUCUUGAGAAACAAGGAACUAAAAGCAUCAAAAUCACGAAGAAAAAGACCAGUGAAGACUGAAAAUUCAGAAUCGCCUAAAGGUGUUCAACUCAGCAUCACCAAUUUCUAUCGAUCAUCGAAAGUCCCUUGUCAUGAGAAGCCAGGGGAGGGUGAAGCCGGAUGUCCAAAGAUUAGUAAGGAUACUUCUGGAGAGAAGAGAGAUAAAGAACCCAUCCGAAACUACUCCAAGUCAGCUAGACGCAAGCUUUUGUUCGAUUAGCCAUGCAGCAUUAUCCCAUACCUUUGCAUCCUGUAAAUUGACUGUCACAGUGAUGUGCAUAUUAAUCUUUUAUUUUGGUUUCCCUCCCAUUUGGUAAAUGCAAGCUCACUUGUAAAUGAGGUAAAUAUAGGUGAGUUUUUCUCUUGGGCAACAAUUGUCAGAAUGAUGUGCAUAUGAAUCUUUUAUUUUGGUAAAUGAGAUACAUGUAGAUGAGUUCUUUGCAGCAA